UUUUGACAAGGUCCAGGAGAUCGCCGUCGUCAGCAUGGCGGCUUUGAGCCCAGCUACCACUUCCCCUCCGACCGCGCCACAAACGCCCUUGCCAGCCGCGCCUUCUGGGGCAGGAACCUCAGUGGCUCGUGGAAAAAAGCGUCCCUCCAGUCCUGGUAACGGCAGCUCUGGGAAGAAGAAGCGGCUGACGACGCCGAGUGGAGGAGGAGGAGCGAGUUUCUUUCAGAGCAGCAGUGCAGAGGCAACAAAUGAAAAUAAAACCAUAACUACUGAUGCUGGUACAGGACCAGUAGAAACUUCAACCAAAUCAUUGCCUUUUAAGGCUCCAAGCUUCAUUCAUUCUGGCAUUGGUGGAGCUGCAGCUGGCAAGAAGAACAGGACCUGGAAAAACCUGAAACAAAUCCUUGCAUCAGAAAGGGCAUUGCCGUGGCAAUUAAAUGAUCCAAGCUAUUUCAGUAUUGAUGCUCCUCCUUCCUUUAAACCAGCCAAGAAAUACUCUGAUAUUUCAGGACUUCCUGCAAACUAUACUGACCCACAGAGCAAACUGAGAUUUAGUACCAUUGAGGAAUUUGCCUACAUUCGGAUGCUUCCAUCAGAUGUUGUUAUGGGUUAUCUCACUCUCAGGAAAGCAACAACUGUUGUUCCCUAAGAAGAAGAAGAAGAAGCCAAACCAUUUCUAAAAAGUGGUUCCCAGGAAUGACGACACAGGAUGGUUGUAUAUAUAGUAGAUAUACAUUGUUAAUAAAAUUCAGUUUUGAUUAACCCAAAAA